AUGAUCCUGCUCAAAAGACUUAUUUGGUUACUCCAAGUCUGCAAUAUAGCAUGCGGAGCUGGGGUCGGAGUUCACUUGACAAUGCUAGCAAGAACGAGUAUCCCCUGGGAACUAAAACCGUAUAUUUCGGAAAUGAAAGCUGGAACUUUCUUUCCAGAUGCAUUCUAUAGCUGUGCUGCGAACACAGACUGGCAAGAGUUUGCAGAGAAGACACAUUGGCCCCCCUUCUUAGUUCUUGGUGCUAAGCUAUGGCGUGAAACAUAUGGUACCAACCAGAACUGCGAAGAUUCAUUAAAAUUGAAAGGCUUCUUAGUGGGAGUUUUUAUUCAUCAAGUUACCGACGUAUCUUGGCAUUCUCUAGUUCAAGGUUACAAGAGCCAUGGACUCAUUAAAGCUUUGGCGGGUCUCGAGUUUGAUGGCGACUAUCAAUCUGCUCACGACUAUAUAGACUCUUUGGGCGACUUGCUUAUGCUGGGACAAAUCAUAAGAGAUACGACGGAUAACUGGAGCUACUACACAGCUCAAGACUGGGAGUUCCCAAAUAAGGAUGAUCUCCUGGAGCUAGCACAUCGGUCCGGACUAGAUGAUUUAAAGUUUUGGGAAAUUAAAGCUUGUGUUAAAAGGGGAUCUGUAGCGCUGACAAGCGAAGUGCUUUCGUUGCUUAGACGUAGAAAAGAGGUACUAGGGGUUGCAUAUAACAUAUCACCAAGAGCACGGGAGUUAAUGCAGGACCAUUGGCUCGGUGGGGAGAUGAACCUUGUGGCAAUGGUCAACAAGUGUCUCCCCACUUUUUUGUCUCUCUUCGAAAAAACAAGCCCUUUGAUGUCUGAAACUGAGCUUGAAAACUUCAUCGAACUUUGUGGAAAUUUGCCCUCUACCGGCGAAGCUUCAGAAAGUAUUGAAGUGACAAUGUUCGAAAAAGAGCGCAAUGAAUUUCUCUUUGUUUCGCCCUUAACACAACUUUCUUUGUUUGGAUCAGACAUCGCUGUGGGUAAGUUUCAGAACAAUGAAAUGUCUUUAGCUAUAAGUGCACCGCUUGAAGACAAUGAGGGAUCCGUGUACGUUAUUCCUUGGAUGAAAUUAGUAGGAUAUGAAAAUUUGAUAGCAGAGAAGCCUGUGACUUCAACGUACGGCUCGCGUGUUCAUAAGUACACACUCGGUGAGAUUGACUACCUUGCUGUAUCGGCAAGUGGCGAGAACACCAUCCACUUUUAUGACAACGGGCAUAAAGUCCUUUCCCUUGUGGACAAAGAUAGCUGGGAACGCCAUCAGCUCAUGGUAUCUUCUGUUCAGGAUAUAGAUGGCGAUGAAGUUCCCGACUUGAUUUUGGCAGGCCCUCAUUACGGGUUGAAUGAAACCGGGAUGGUUAUGAUAGUUGACGGGCGAGAGCUUUCCGAGCUUCUUAACGAUAUCGAAAGAACAGAGGUGGAUCUACAGUCUCUUAGCACCAUUUGUCUCAAAGCACCACUUUCUAAGAGCUUUCAACAAUUUGGCUCUCAAGUGAAAUCUUCAGGUGUCUUGAAUAAAAGCGGCAUGCUCUUCGUGGGUUCCCAGGGCCUAGGCGUUGUUUUUGUCUACUGGUUGAAAAGCUUGCAUCAAAAUGCUCUUCCACACUAUUAUAUUAUUGACGAUAAUGUGAUUCGGCAAGAAGAGGAUGUGCCAUUAGACUUAGGUAUCAAAAAGUCGAGUUUGCACGGAAUGUUUGGGAAAGAAAUUCAUUGCUGGAACAUACAUGGCACAGGGUUUGUUGCCAUUUCUAAACAUUUGCAGAACACUGUUUACAUUUACAAGGAGCAAGAUGGAUUUCUGGAGUACUACUCAACUCUUGUAUUAGAUAUAUCGACUGACGCAAGAACAGUAAUUGAAACAAUUGGGUUUGGUACAUCAAUUGACUACGACCACAAUCUAAACAAGCUGUACAUAUCAUCCCCUGGGUUUUUUGAUGGUGACGGUGCGAUUUGGGGCAUUUACAUGGAAGAGAUACAGCAGUCAGUUGAAAAAUGGAAGAUCCACAAAUUUUUAGUCACUCCAUCGAGGCAUCUAUUGGCACUUAACAAAGGCAGUGGAGGGAAAGGGAUCUCAGACUUUGGAAAAGUCAUCAAGGUCGGUCCAGAUGGAAGAAUUAUAGUAGGGGUACCGCGGUACGGCUAUGGUGAUUUUGGAAAGCAUCAGCUAGCGGGAGGUUUAACGAUCAUAUAA